AUGCAGAUGCUGGAUGAUUUCGCUCAGGAGGAUCAUAGGAAGGCAGUCAAGGAUGUUUGUGAGCAGCAGUCAUUCGGUGGCACUUGGGAAGUAUUCGAUGAGGCUGUGGUGUCUUGUGAGGAUAGUGUUAAGACAUCAGAACAGAUUGUCAAGAACGGUGCCAGAGCACUGUAUAUCAGUUUUAACAAUCCUCCUAUCUCUCAUGCUACUACCUCUGAAUGGUUGGAUGCUGAUCAAUACUGGCAAGCCUUUGUGGAGAAGCACAUGUACCAUGCCAACUACCUUAAUGCCUUGGCUGAAGACCCAGAGAGUGCUGAGUACAUCAAGGGUAUAGAGGAGACUACUAUGAAGCAAGACCUAGCUUUGAGGUUAGUACUACUAUCGGUCACUUAUUCUUCAUGGUGUAUUGGUACUCAGUACUAUGAUCUAUAUAGAGGACCAUUGGUUGAACAUAUGAUAUUCUAUCUCACCAAGGUGGGAGGGGAUGCGCGUACCUUCCCUGAGCUUAUGCCUCAUCAAUGGUUUGCUGAAAUCUACAACAAUAGAUUCGAGAUGUAUUCGAUAUUGCAGCGACGUAGAAGGGCCUUACAAGAGUCCUCAUUGAGUAGAGAGGCCCACUUGGACCUAGCACCUGCGCACAUGGAUGCGGAGGGCGAGCAAUUCUAUGAGCGUUUACUAUCAAGGGAGAGCAGUAUGGUAGAGCUCUCUGCGGCACGCCUCAUGGGUAACUUCAUAUUCCUCAAUGAUGCUGCCAUACCCAUCCAGACCCAGUCAGCCCUUCUACGUGUUGUACAGGAACAUCCUAAUGGGAAGUUCUACUCUCUUGGUGAUGAUGUUAACUGUCUCUUCUACAUCCCUGCUGGCGGCGAGGUAGUUGAUGAGGAAGUUUGCCCUCUUGAUGCCUUCAACACGUAUAUGGACUACAUGAAGCUCACUGGUCGGAGGUUCAAUCCCGGGUAUAACCAAGUUCUAAGUAUUUUCUAUCGUACUCUGGAGUCAAGGAAGCCUGGUUUAGAGGGUCGUUGGUUCCAAGUAAAGGGUGAGAGACAGGCCGAUGCUUUCCUAAGAAGGCUCAAGGCUGAUGACCCUCAUAGACCUGUAUAUGAGGAGUAUGUUGCCGAGUUGAAGGAUAGAUUGGCGAACAAGAAGGAGCUCUCAGAGGCCGAGGUUAUGCCUAGGAUACUGGAUGUAGAACGCAAGUAUAGGAAGGAAUGUAUUGAUUUCGAUACAUUGAUUAUGUCAAUGAACGAGGAGAUCAGCUCAGAGGUGAAGGAGAAGGCCCCUGAGUAUGAGGAGCUCAUGACUGAUGGUAAUGAGGUUGAUAUACUAUUACUGCUUCUCCCUAUAGACGCCUUCUGUGUAGAUGGUAUGACCAAUAUGAUGGUUGAUGGGUCCAUAGUGGCGAUCGAUGCAGAGACGCAACAAGGUUUGGCUAAUCAACAAGAACUCUUUUCAAGAAUGACUGAUUUUGAGACUAGUAAGGAUAAGUUUAUCGAGAACGUUAACAACAGUAAAACUGGUCUCGACACCAAGAGGCAUUGA